AUGCCCACACCACGCGACGACCCCUCGAACAAUCCUGCCAAACGAAGCGACGAAACACGAAGAAUCCCCGUCCGCCAACCUAGCAAAACCUCUUCUAUCCCGACCCCCUCGUUCGCUUCCAAUAAUAAUACCGACGAUGUCGUUAAUAAGAGGAAGAGCCUGCUGCCGCAGCGGAGUAUUUCCAUGAGACCGGCGCGUCCAUUACAACAACCUCAACCUCAACCUCAACCACAGCAACAGCAACAGCAACAGCAACAGCAACAGCAACAGCAACAACAAAACCAUGCAGAUCGAAAGCAGGUGUCGCCCGACCACCCAACUAGCACGCACAAACCAGCCCCGGCACAACGCCCUCGAUCGGGUCUCGAGGAGACGUCGCAAACUCAGGUUAGGAAAAAACCCGUGGCACCUUCUCGGACGAAGACCGAUCGAGGUGUAGUCCGGUCUCGAUCGCCAUUGAAAGUGCAACCACAAAAUAUCGAUAACAAGACUAUUCCUCCUGCUACUACUACAGUAGCAGCAGCAGCUGCUGCUACACCUACCUCACCGACAAAGAAAAAGACGCAAAUGCCGCCGCCUUCUCGACCGACACGAUCAGCGUCUCUACGCCAGCUAUCGGCUCCGAAAAUUGCGAGUGGACAGGGAAAAGGCCAUACAAGACAUAAAAGCCAGGUUCUUCCUGGUAAUACGACUCCUUUACCUGCUGCUGCAAGCAAGCUGCAGCGGCCUACUUUCAACACGUUUCAGCAACACUUCAGUCCCAAAAAGGCGGGCCGAGAAGCUGCCUCGGCAGAGACCAAUACUACUAGCAAACCGGAAGGAGAUGUGUUGACGGCGGCUUCACGGCCGGAGGUUGCGGCUUUACAAACCGAGUUUCUACAGCUGUAUCUACUGUAUUCGCUGUCGGUGCAGCAAGAUGCAGACUGGAGGUCGACGGCAGAACUUCAGCUACGCAAGAAAUACAACCAUGUGGCCAAUGCCUAUCAGGGCCAGCUGGCAGAGGAAAGAGUCGUGCAACAACAAUGGAACCUAAAGGCUCUGCAUGACUGGUCGGUCGAUUGCACAAGCAGCGGGAACGCUCUAGAAGACUUUUCUACGCAGAUACAAAAUCUCUCACAGGUUAUCCAAGAAGUUACAGAUGUGACGGCGGCCAACAGCGGACGCUAUACUCUCGUUGUCAAGGCAUUUGAGGACUGGCUGACAAUAGUGGAAAACGUAAAAGAAAGCCGCCGGGGAAGAAAACACGCAUUUGAAACGGGUUUCGAGGAGCUGCAGUUUAUUUACCCAAUGGACCGAGUAUGGAAAGACGAAGUUGAGGCAUUGACAAGUAAAGCCGAGCUGUGCCUGCGCCGAUUACAGAACCUGGCCAUGUUGGACGACACGCAGCACAAUGGCGGCUCUGCGUUACUGCAGAUUGUUCGCGGCCAUCGAGAUUUGUUGGUCUUGAUGGUUAGCGAGUUAAAGGAAAUGCGCGAUAUAGAGUUCGAAGUCGUCGCGCUCGAGAAAUCAUGGGUCAGUCGAGCAGCGGAUCAGUUGUGCACUGUAGAAGACGGCCAGCACAUCUCGUCAACCCGGAAGGGUAUUUGGACAGCUUGA